GAGUCAUCCCAUGCGUCUGUCGUUCUCUGGUGUCUCGGAGCAAGUUUGAAACCGGCGCGAAAACUUUUACGUUGUUUUAUAUUGUUCAAAAAUUUAUAUUAAUCCCUAAGACAUUUUCCACAUAAAUUAGCCAUUCCAAUGGGAUAAUCCACCAUCUGAUUUAAAUUUAUCUUCAUUGUUACCAAUUAAUUUAUUUGUUUCGUUACUUUGUCUAUAGUUCUCUAGAGAUUUCAGAGUAAACAAAACAAAAAAACAAAUUGUCAUUUUAAUUUUACUAAUAAAAUGUUGGUAUGUAAAUAUAAAAAAAUGACCAUUUUAAAAGCAAAAUUGUUUAAUAUGAUUUUGUGUAAUCGACGGAAGUGUGUGAUACAUAAAAAAAAAUCGAAAAAUGUUCUCGAAUACUGAACGGUCUUAGGAAUCAUUAAAUUAUUCGUGCAGUGUCGAGAGUGUCUUGUCACGGUGUGAAAGUGUACAGAUGUCAAAGAUCAAGGAAACCAGAUCAAGAGGUGGUUCAUCACAGCAAAGGGGACAAUUACCCUGCCAUCAAUCACCGAUAAUUCAACCUACUUCACGUCUGAGUAAGAUGCCUUGCAGUCUACUAUUUGGACUACUACUUCUGAUGGAGAUGCAUUCAGCGCAAGGUCUGCUGUUUCGUGACCACAGAACUAAUGAACAAAACACCAUUAGUGACGGGCCUUAUUUCGACGAACACGUGCCCAGGAAUGUAACGACAGCCAUUAGCCAGACUGCAUUCCUUCACUGCAGAGUUCAUCAGCGAGGUGACAAAGAGGUGUCUUGGAUGCGUCAACGUGACAUGCAUAUCCUGAGUGCUGGCGUUUCGACGUACACAUCCGACCUCAGAUUCCAAGUCAUCCAUCCGGACAAGUCCGAGAAUUGGACACUGCAGAUAAAGUCGCCGCAGGAACGAGAUUCUGGCGUCUACGAAUGCCAAGUCAGCACAGAACCGAAGAUGUUCCUCAACUAUACUCUCAACGUGGUCGAACCACGUGCCCUUAUAAAAGGUCCAUCAGACAUUUACGUGAAAACUGGCAGUCUACUGACGCUAACUUGUCUCAUGUCUCAAGGACCACAUGACUUGGGAACAGUAGCCUGGUACCGUGAUAAUCAGCCAGUCGUAACAUCUUCGAGAAGUGAAAAUGACGUGAAUGUAGAGCCACGGAUCACAGUGGAGACUGAGUGGAGCGAUGCUCUUGAAUCGAGAUUAACGAUUACCUCUGCAAAACUGACUGACUCCGGAAAUUAUAGCUGUGUGCCAACUAUUGCAAAGAGGGCCAGUGUCAAUGUUCAUGUUAUUAAUGGCGAACAUCCUGCGGCGAUGCAGCACGGUAACACUGCUGUUGGAACACCAACAUCAGGCGCCUACCUCCUGCUUGCACUCAUUAUCGGCCAGUUCAGAUAAUAUGAUGCGCUAUCGUUGCAUGCACGAGGGAUUUGCGUGUGUAAAUUCAUCGAUGCGUGAGUGUGUUUGUAGGAAAUGCCAAAAUAAUUUCAAAGUGACGCCCAGAUGAUUAUUUUCCAACAAUAACAACUCAACAAGAGAUAUUUAUAUAAUCAUGAUUAAAAAAAAAUAAUAAGCCAGUUCAUAUUUGGUUUUAGACGAGUCAUUUUGCUCAAAUGUCGAGAUAUUUCGAUAUUUAUUUGAUAAUAAAAAAAAAAUGGAAUAAACAAUAAAAUAAUAAAUAAUCGAUAUAAUUCAAUAUGGAAUUAAUACACUAUAUUUAUACUCUCGACCAAGAAAAUUUUUUACUCGUCAUUAUCAUCUUGUGCAAUUAAUUAAAAGUCUUGUUGAGGAAUAUCUCUUGUACACGUGAUGAGACUCCAUCAAGGAUAAAACCAUCGGGUGUCCCAGACUCAAAACGAAUGAAAAAAUAUAUAUAAAGAAGUUUCAAAAAAAACCAAAAAAAAAAAACGAUAUCUGAGCAGAAUUAAAACAAUAUUGUUUGUAGGUAUAAACGAAACGCGAGCUCUUUCAGAAUUGUUCGACGUUCGUUUUUGUAAAAUGAA